AUGUCCGAUAAACCCUGGUACAUCCCCGAGGAAGCCAUCACCGACAGGUCUGCCAAUCCACUCGCAGCCGGCGGGUUCGGUGAGGUUUUCACUGCCUCAUACUACGGUGCCCCUGUCGCCGUCAAGCAGCUCUAUCGAGGCUACAACCAGAACGAGCUCGCCGACUUUGGCCGCGAGAUUGGCAUCUGGCACAGACUCAGUCAUCCUCAUGUCCUCCAGCUCCUCGGUGCAUGCGACACCACCGCCAAGCCCUUCAUGGUCUCGCCGUUCAUGCCCAACGGUACUCUCCACAACCACUUUACCACCGCACCCAAUCCCCGACCCCUUGGCGAGAAGAUCCGCCUCCUCUACGAAAUCUCCUCUGGCAUGGCCUAUCUCCACGGCAACAACAUUGUCCACGGCGACCUCAAGUCCCUCAAUGUGCUGCUGGAUGGCUCAUCCAAUGCCAUCGUGACCGACUUUGGCAUGUCCCGCACCAAGCACACCUCGGCCACGGCCAACCGCACCCGCCGCGACCAGCCGAUGGGCGGCACCCUUGACUACAUGGCUCCAGAGAUGCUCGAUGAUGACGACCCAGCUGGAUCUUCAAAGGCCACCGAUGUCUAUGCAUUCGGCGUCACCAUGUACGAGGUCCUCAACGACUGUAAUCCCAUUUGGUCAACCAACGACGGUCAGCCAAUGCGACCCACGGCUAUCGAGCGCCAAGUCGUUAAAGGAAAUCGACCCAAGCAGUUCGAUGGCAUCCCCGACGACAUCCGGGCCCUCAUCGAGCGCUGCUGGCACCAGGAUCCCACUCAGCGACCCAAGUUUCCCGAGAUCCUU